CUAUGGGUUGUGACAAUGCCGUGAAACUAAUUUGCCCCUUGGGAAGUACAGGACAAUAAUAGAACUAAUGAAUGAAAAUCUAUUGGCAGAAAAUUAUAUAAAUGCAACAACUCCUCUUGAUACACAGCAUCAGUGAACUGACACGGACAGGGUAAGGUAAGUGUGAGGCAGUUUACAUGCAAUAUGAUUUUUUUAAACUGCAUGGAUAUUUAUUAUUGUGAGAUUUUUUUAAAUGACUGAUUAUUAAUAUUCCACUAUAAAUUGUGCUUUGUCACACUAUACUCCUUACACUUUAAUCUCUUUUUAAAUUAAAGUCUUUUUUAAAUCAAUGGCCAUUCAUUUAUUUAAAUGUAUAUACAAAUAAUACUUUGAAACUGCUAAUUAUUUUAUGAUAUUAAAGAUAUGCCAUGUUUUGCACAUUCAGAUUGAAUUCACUGUGUAUGCAUAUGUUUGUAUUUUACUUUUUUGUUUGCUUGUUUGUUUUUUAUAACAAGGUUACUUCGGGUCCUUGCAAUUUCUCACUGCCCCCUUCUGAACGAUGCAAAAUCUGACUGAGUAUCCAGGAAACUCAACACCCAACGCAGACCUCUUAAUAGCAAUAAAAAUCUCUAUUGUCCUCCCCCUUUUCUUCGUCUUCCUCUACUUCAUCGUCCUGAUGCUGCACACCCUGGCGUCGCAAAGGCAGUUCUGGGAGAACCCGCGCUACAUCCUAUUCGGCUACAUGCUGAUCAACGACACCCUGCUGGUGCUGUGCUCCGUCCUGCUCUUCCUCCUCUUCCUGGCCGAGUUUCGGUUAUCCUUCGUCCUCUGCAUGACCCUGAUCUUCAUCUCCACCGUCACCUUCCAGAACACGCCGUUCAUCCUGGCGACCAUGUCGCUGGAGCGCUACGUCGCCAUCUUCUACCCACUGCGGCGCCCCGCUGCCUGGCAAGCCGACCGCAUUUGGGCCGUCAUCCUGCCCACACUGCUCGUCAGCUUGGUGAUGCCCAUCAUCGAGCUGUGCAUAGGCGGGCGCUCCCCGGGCGCCAGCGCCCUCACCACCCUAGUGCUCUGCCGGAGCAAAGAUCUCAACAACUCGCCGCUCCUCACGCUGGUCAAGAUCUCGCUGUACGGCGUCUUCUUCCUGGCGGUGGCCCUGGCCAUCCUCUUCACGUACGUGCGCAUCCUGCGGGAGGCGCGGCGCAUGCGGCGGGACCAGGCGGCGGUGGGCAAGGCGCUAUACACGGUGCUGCUGCACGGCCUGCAGCUGCUGCUGUGCGUCAUGACCUUCAUGCAGCCCGUGACGGACCAGGCCUCGGAGGUCCAGGCGCGCUGGCUCCGCGAGGAGAUCCACUUCCUCAACUACUUCUGCUUCGCCCUGCUGCCCCGCGUCCUCAGCCCACUCAUAUACGGGUUGCGGGACGAGAGCCUCCGCACCCACAUGAGGAGGGCCGUCCUGUGCUGCUCCCCCGCAAUCACCACUCAGCACAUGGGCAAACCCGCAACCCAUUAAUGCCCAGAUUUUUUUUCCCAGAGGUUUCUUACACAAGCAUCUAUAGUCAUCCAAAAAAUAAGAAAAGAUGGAAAAAGAGUGGUAGAGACUUCGGCAACUUUAGUUGCCUGCGGGCUUAAAUGGGUUAAAAUCAGUGAGGGGUAGGGGUAAGUUACAUUUCUUGAA